UUUGGUCGAACGGGUUGGGGGCAAACCAAAUACCCACAGUCCUCUCCUCCUUUACCUUCCGCCGUUGUUGCGCCCGGUGCUUCUUCCAUGGCGUCCCUUCUCCGGCCCGCCUCGUCGUGCCCCUCCUUUCGCCUACCCUCCUCCACAGCCUCUGCACCUCCGCCAAGCCUCCUUUCCAGGCGGCACAAGGCACCUCCCUUCCCACCCACGCCCCACGCCCCUCCUUCCCGGCCCCGCGUCGCCGCCGCAGCAGCCUACGGAGGCGCCCAGCUGCUGGGUCCGGUCGACACGCAGACAUUCAUCAUCGCCGCCUCCGUCGUCGCCGCGGUCUCACUGUCUCUCGUCCUCGGCCUUAAGGGUGACCCUGUUCCGUGCGACCGGUGUGCUGGAAAUGGGGGCACAAAGUGCGUCUUCUGCAAUGACGGCAAGAUGAAGGCGGAUAACGGGGUGGUCGAAUGCCGGGUAUGCAGGGGAGCAGGGCUGAUACUCUGCAAGAAGUGCUCAGGUUCUGGUUACUCUAAGCGCUUGUAGCCCCAGCCCCAGCUACAGAACAUCAUGUGCAUUUGUCAACCGGGCAAGUUGCGAGUUUAUGUGUGGGCGCUGUUUAGAUAGAUAUGAGUAUAUACGAUGGCGAUGAUGUAUUAGAAUAUGCAGAAUUGUAUGUUUCGCCCUGUCCAUGUAUACCCGUCCUUAAUCAUCUGAUAAGAUAUAGUACGUACGAUGGCUCCACGUCCCCUGUUUAGUUCAUGUUUUUAUACCAUGUAGCAAAACUGAUGUUACCAGUCA